UGUAGCAGAGCAAAUUGUACACAACUUAAAAAAUUCACUGCAUUAAAGUACAAAUGUUGUUUUAAUAACUUAAAAGCAUUUUUGAUUCCACAAAACAAAAAGACUUACAAAACAAAUUUAACUCAUUCUUCCUCUGUAUAAAAUAAGGAAUGGUUUAAAAGAAGUGACAUUUGUAUGCAAUGAUUGGCUAAUAGGAAAACAUUAAUGUUAUGGUCAUUCAUCAAAACACCAAGUUUUUCAGGUCAGAAUCAGUUCUGGGUCAUUUUUCAUUUCAGAGCAGCAGACUGGCUAUUUUGGUAGCUUGGAGUAAAAAAGGCAAAGAUCUGCAGCACAGCUGCUUUCUGUGGCUUUUAUUUCACAUAAAAAAAUUAAUCCGGGUCUCAUUGGGUCCUUUAAUUAGACUGCUGCCGAGACAAUCAGCAGCAUAAUGCACAGCUUCUUAGAGAAGAAAAAUCUGAUUUAUGGUUAUUUAUUUCUAAACUGAGAAGAGAACGAAGCAAAGCUCGUCAGCUGCAAAACUAAAACAUGAAAAAAAUGGAUGGAGUUUCUGUGAUGCUGCAAUACAGGUGAGGACCUGAAACCGGAUGCAAAGGAGUAUCACUCCAUACUGGAGGGAUGUGACGCAUUAAAUGGCCUGUGAUUCAUUGAUUUGGCUUAAAUUGUGUCUUCACAGAAGAGCCACGGUAUCUUCCGGAUUAGUUGUAAGAAAGUCUCUCCGGUAAAUCGGGUUUUAAACACAAAUAAUACCGAAAUACUUCUUCUGCUACUUUUUCUGAGACGUUUUUUCACUCAGUUUGGUAAAACAACUCCGCCUAAAGUCAGGCGUCACACCGGAAACUGGCAGCAAGGCUUCCGGUGGAGGAAAACAAAGGGGCUAGGAACGUUAGCUUCCUAUAGCUCGGUUAGCCUCCUGCUAGCAGCCGCUUCCCAGAGCGUGUCCAGGAGGUUCUGGUUCUGUUCAGCAACAAUGUGUUCCGUUGAGCCUCUGAGAGAGUUUAUCAGAGAGAGACUAACUGCUGCUGCUGAAGAAAUCUUCACCCAGCUGGAAAAAACCAUCGUCCAGUACGAGGAGGAGAUCGACCGGCAGCGGAGACUGCUGGACCUCACCUGGAGACCCCGGGUCAGCUUACAGCGAGCAGACGUCCCGCAGCAUUACAUCUGCAAGGAGGAGGAGGUUCAGAUGGACCAGCAGCCCCGCAGCCCGACGGCGGAGGUGCAUUUGGAUCAGGAGGAAAUGGAAUCUGUGCAGAUUAAAGAAGAACAUGAUGAGCUUCGUGUCAGUCAGAACGCAGAACUGGUUCUGAAAGAAGAGACGGAUACCUUCAAGGUGAGUCCUGUUCCUGAGCAGGUCCGCCCCAGAGAGCCAGGACCAAACAGCGACCUCAAACCGGCGGCUUUUAUGGGUCCUGUUUCUGAUGACGAUGACCUGAGAGAACCAGAACCAAACACGGACCAGAACUCGGCUGAUGCAGAGUACCAGAAUCAGGAAGAAAGCAAUGAAGACGACUCUGGAUCCAGCACAGAAGAGUCUGAGCAAGACAAGGAAAGUCGCAAAACAAAACUAAAAAGGCACCGAAAAAGUGACACCAAUUAUAAUCUGUCAUCUUGCAAAAUUUGUGGAAAAACCUUUACUCAGAAGUAUCUGAUUGCACACAUGAGGAUCCACACAGGUGAGAAACCUUUUAAAUGUUCCACCUGUGCCAAAAAGUUUAUUCUCAAAAGUCAUCUAAAAAACCACAUGAAGAUUCAUAGCGGUGAGAAGCCUUUCUCCUGUCAGACCUGUGGGAAAAGUUUCAUUCAGAGGAUGAAUUUAACUCUUCACAUGAGAACGCACACUGGCGAGAAGCCCUUUCCAUGUGAAAUCUGUAACAAGACCUUUGCUAGCAGGAGUCAGUUAACUACUCAUGUGAGAACUCACACAGGAGAGAAGCCUUAUGCUUGUAAAACCUGUGGGAAAAGUUUUAGUACCAGAGGUACUUUGAUUAGUCAUAUGAGAAGUCACACAGGGGAGAAGCCUUUCUCAUGUCAGAUCUGUGGACAGUGUUUCACUCAGAAACCAGGUCUCAAAGUUCACUCACGAAAACACACAGGAGAGAAACCGUUCAUGUGUCAAACCUGUGGAAAGAGUUUCAAUCAGAAAAGUGCCUUGCUCACACACAUAAGAACUCACACCGGUGAAAAGCCCUUUUCCUGUUUGACCUGUGGACUGUGUUUCAUCAUGAAGAGCAGUUUGACUCAGCAUAUAAGAACCCACACCGGAGAGAAGCCUUACUCUUGUCAGAUUUGUGGGAAACGUUGCAGUUUAAAGGGUAAUCUGAAGUUUCACAUGAGGAUUCACACAGGGGAGAAACCAUAUUCAUGUCUUACAUGUGGAAAAAGCUUUGCAGUAAAAUGUCAAUUAACUCGUCACAUGAGAACUCACACAGGUGAGAAGCCUUUCUCCUGUGGAACCUGUGGAAAAGAUUUUUAUGAAAAAAGUCACUUAACUGACCACAUGAGAAGGCACGACCUGAAGAAAAUGUUCCAUUGCAACACCUGUGGAAAAUCUUUCAGUGAAAGAGAUGAGCUGAUUGGACAUAUAGAAACACACACGUUUGAGAAACCUUUUCCAUGUAUGACAUGUGGAAAAAGCUUUGGUCGUAAAAGUAAUUUGAAUGGUCACAUAAAAUCUCACACAGAUUAGACUUUCUGAUGUAAAGCAGUGGAAAUAAUUCAGUUACAGAAGUAGUUUAAGUAACCAAGUCAGAAUUCACACAGAUUCGAAACAUUUCCCGUCUCAUCCUUGCUGUAAAUGAACUGCUGCAGCUGAAACGUUGCUCUGCGCACACUGCAGUAGCUAUUAUGUUAAAAAUAUAUAUUAAUCAUUGAAUAAGCCUCUAAUUAAAGACUAGUCAUGUUGCAGUCUUUCUGCCUGCUCUGUUGGUUCUACAUACAUGUACAAUCUUGUGUUUGCAUCACUGUUAAUAUGUUUUUGUUUUUGUUUAUGACAUUAUCAUCAUAUGAUUCCUCAGUCAAUAUGUUGACACUUUUCAAUUCAGACCCGUCUGUUGGGCUUCAUUUCCACAAUAUUUCCUUCCUAUCCGCCUCAUUUUUAGUUCCACUUGUUCGCUCUGUCAGUCAAACGCGUUUCUACAUGAACCUGUUGACCGUGGGUCAUGGAAAAUUAUACUGAAGGUCAGGGAGAGUCAUGGAAUUUUCUUUCUAAGUUCCAGUGGGACCCCUGUGUUAAUCUAACUAAAAUAGUUAAUUUCAUCUUGUACAGUUUUUUCACAGCCAGUAGAAGUUUGUAAACCAAACUCUGGCUGAAGUUAUUACUUUUUUUGCAUACAGUUAAUGGGAUCUUUGACAUCUAAUUAAUAGUUAAUAAUAGGCACAUAUGGGGAUACAUAUCUAGUUUGUUCAUUAAGAAGUUAGUUUUUAAACAUUUAAAAAUGAGUUAAAAGUACAUUUUUGACUUUGAAAAAUUAUCACCCAUUUUUUUCUUUUAUGUAGACUAAAAAACUCCAGUUACUGUACAUUUUUGACUGUGUGACUAGAAGUGGAUAUUUAUUGUGCUGUUGAUCAUUUACUGUAAUAAAACUCCAUAUUGUUCUCCUCUGUCCAACAUGUUGCUUUAUUUAUUGAUUUAUCAUUUGACGCAGUAAAUCACAAGCUUUUAAUUGAAAUUCUACACAGGAUUGGGCUCUAGCAUCAAGCUACCAUGUAGCUGAUUAUUUGUCAAACAGAACCCAGAGAGUUCAAUUGGCUGGUGUCACUUCUUCUACUCUCACUAUUUUAAAUGGCGUACCUCAAGGCUCAGUUCUGGGUCCGCUUUUAUUCUCUAUUGAUAUAAAUAACUUGUGUGACAAUCUGUCAAAUGCUUUUUACAAUUUUUAUACUGACGAUUUAAUAAUAUACUGCUAUUCUGCAUCACUAUCGCAGGCAAUACAGUAUUUGCAGUCUGCUUUUAAUGUAGUUCAAACACGUUUACAAACUCUGAAGUUGGUUUUGAAUGUGGACAAGACAAAAGCAAUGAUUUUCUCACAUGCUAGAAAACUACCAGAAACCUCCCUAUUGCUGACCACUGCUGCUGGAGCACAAAUCGAGUUUGUCAGUAAUUAUAAAUAUCUUGGUUUUAUUCUAGAUAAUGAACUCUCUUUUAAAAAUCACAUAGCAAAUCUACUAGGGACAUUGAAAAUGAAAAUUGGGUUUUAUUAUCGAAAUGGAUCUUGUUUUACACUCAAAGCUAGAAGAAAAUUGGUAGCAGCAACAUUCCUGCCAAUUUUGGAUUAUGGAGAUGUUUUAUAUAUGAAUGCUUCGACCAAAUGUCUUCAAUCAUUAAAUACUGUGUAUCAUUGCUCUUUAAGGUUUAUAACCGGUAGCAGACGUCUGACACAUCAUUGUGAUUUGUACGCAAAAGCUGAUUGGCUCCUUUAAGUGAACGGAGAAACAAUCAUUGAAUGAUCCUGAUGUAUAAAUCUUUACUCGGUCCAACCCCAGCAUAUUUAUCCACUCUCCUACAUAGAACUGUCGGUUCUCUUCGCUCCAAUAACAUUAUUGUUCUGCAUGUUCCACGUUUCGAACUGAAACAGUGAAACAGGCAUUCAGUGUUUUACCCCACAGCCUGGAAUCAGCUGCAGUCUGAACUUAAGAUGUUGGAAAUGAUUUGACUGGACUUAUUUCAAGCAGUUCUUAAAGAUGGACAACAAGAUUCUAUGAAACAGUGUCAUUGUUUUUAAAUUGUUUUUAUUGUUUUAUACUUGUGCAUAUGUAUUAAUUGUUUUUAUCUUGUAGCCAGGUUGCUAUGUAUUGCAGAUGUUUUUGCCCAGGUCCCUCUUGAAAAUGAGAUCUAGAUCUCAGCGGGGUUUACCUGGUUAAAUAAAGGAAUAUAAAAUGAGGCACCAACAGGCUUUGGUUACAUAAACUGCUUUUAGUUAAGGACACAUUUAUAUAACAAUAACUGUCAUUUACAAUGUUUGAAUGUUUUUGUCAUCAGACCACUAAAUGUGUAGUUUUGAAGUUUUGAAUAAAAAUCUGUAAAUUCUGGA